AUGUCUCGAUAUAUUUUUACUAUAUUCUAUUUUUUUGUAUUUACCUUUCUAUUAAAUUUAUUCAUACUUGGUGCUAAUGGAGAUGUCAACGAUCAUUUAGAAAAAGGAAAAAAAUUAUUAGCUACAGGGCAAUUAGCAGAUGCUUUAACACAUUUCCAUUCAGCAAUUGAGGCUGAUCCGAAGAAUUAUGUUGCUUAUUUUCGACGUGCAGCUGUUUAUUUGGGUAUGGGAAAAUCUAAAGCAGCAUUACCUGAUUUAAGUAAAGUGAUUGAACUUAAACCAGAUUUUAUUGCUGCUCGUAUGCAACGAGGAAAUUUAUUAUUAAAACAAGGUGAUUUCGAUGAAGCAAAAACUGAUUUUGAAAAUGUUUUAACAUCCGAUGCAUCAAAUAGUGAAGCACGUAAUCAAUUUGAUUUAACUCAAAAAUUAAUUCAAUCAGCUCAAGAAGCUGAUGAUUCAUAUAAAAAUGCAGAUUAUACUAAAACUAUUGAAUUACUUUCAACAAUUAUUGAGAAUUGUCCAUGGGCAAUUAAAUUACGUGAAUUACGUGCUGAUAGUUAUUUAAAAUCAGGUGAUUUCCCUAAAGCAGUGAAUGAUCUUAAAGCUACCGCAAAAUUAAUACCAGAUAAUACACAAGCAUUUCUCAAAAUAAGUCAAUUACUCUAUUCCAUGGGUGAAGCUGACGAUAGUUUAACAAAUAUUCGUGAAUGUCUUAAAUUAGAUGCUGAUCAUAAAGAAUGUCAUGCACAUUAUACUAAAGUUAAAAAAUUAGCUAAACAACUUGAAUCAAUACGUGAUGCCAUAAGUCAAUCGAAUUGGAAUGAAUGUCUUAAUAAAGCAAAUCAAGUUCUUAAACUUUCAUCGGAUCCAUCAUCACAUGCAUUUAUAUAUCGUGCUCAUUCAUCGUUAUGUACGUGUAUGUCAAGAGGAAAAUCUCCAGCAAAAGAAACAAUUGAUAAAUGUACAGAAGUUUUAGAUACAUAUCAUGUAUCUGAUGCAGAAAUUUUAAUUAGUCGAGCUGAAGCCUAUAUAUUAAAUGAACAAUUGGACGCAGCAUUAGCUGAUUAUCAACGUGCACAUGAAACAGAAGAUUCAAAUCGUGUACAUGAUGGAAUAAAACGUGUACAAAAAUUAAUCAAACAAUCAAAGAAACGUGAUUAUUAUAAAAUUUUAAGUGUACGAAGAUCAGCAAAUAAAGCUGAAAUUUUAAGAGCUUAUAGAAAACUUGCUAUUAAAUGGCAUCCUGAUAAAUAUGAAGGUGAUGAUAAGAAAAAAGCAGAAAAAAUGUUUAUUGAUAUUGCUGCAGCAAAAGAAGUUUUAACUGAUCCAGAAAAACGUGCUAAAUUUGAUGGUGGUGAUGAUCCAUUGGAUGCUGAAGAACAAGCUCAACAACAUAAUCAAUUUCAAGGUGGUUUUAAUCCAUUUGGUGCUGGUAAUGGACAGGGUGGUUUUACUUUUCGAUUCCAUUUUAAUUGA